AUGGUGUCAUCCGCAGGAGACGCGGGGGCGAGUGAGCCUGCCGUGGAACGAGGCGACGGUGAGCGAAGGAAGCAAGAGCGCUCAGAAAAAAGUGUCUCUGACCUCGCCGCGAACAUGAUUGUCGACGUCCUGCCGGAAGCGAACUUCUACGAUUCGGACAUCGUCUCGUCAUUCACUCUGACGCCUGAAGAAGUGAAAGAGGCGCACACCCUUGUGGAGGCGAACGACCAGCUUCUGCCCCAGUUCACCCUAGAAAAGCUGGAGCGCGACGCCGUGAGAAACUGGGACGUCUUCUACAAGCACAACCAAGACAACUUCUUCAAGGAUCGGCUGUGGAUAAAGAAGGAAUUCCCCGAGUUUGCCUUCUCGGGUCCUGACCCUGCAAACGGAGCAGGGAAAGACGCAGAGCCGCCCCUUCUCGUUGACGUCGGCUGCGGCGUAGGCAACGCCCUCGUGCCGAUUCUCAGGAGCUUUCCGCACCUCCACGCCGUCGCCUUUGACUGCUCGAAGCGCGCCGUGCAGCUCUUGAAGGAGCGAUGGGCUGCGCGAGUAGCGUCUCUUCCCCGUCGAGGGUGCCGUCGAGGCCAAGCAGAAAGCGAAGAUGCCUCCACGGCUUCUCCCUCUACACCGUCUCGUGCCUGUCGAUCUUCUGCCGCCUCUUCCUCGCCUGCGUCUGUCUCGUCUUCCUCUGCCUCUCUUCCAACCCCUCAUGUGUUGACUCCUCCAGCAGACUUCAAAAACCCGCUUUUCGAUGAGUGCCUCGCGGAGUCUGCCGAGCCUAACGCGGCGCAGCCUCCCACAGGCGAGGUCCAGGAUCUGGAGACAAGUCUUAGAGAAGACGGCAGAGAAAAGGAAGAAACCGAGCGCGAGCAAGAAGGCGAAAGCGACGAAGAGGAAGAAGAUAUCGAGAGCUGGGAGCUCAGGAAGGAAAGAGAAGCCAAUAGGCUGCAUCAAGUUAUCACCCUGGACAUUACCGAGAACGACGUCCCGGCGUCGCUUGCGCCUCCUUCCUCGGCCGACUACCUUCUGCUUCUCUUUGUCCUCUCUGCUCUCCAUCCGCGCCACCACGUCACUGUGGCCCGACGGUGCGCGUCGCUGUUGAAGCCGGGAGGCAUUAUCUUCUUCAGAGACUACGGGCGCUACGACUUGGCGCAGCUUCGAUUUGCCAAGCGGGGCAGAUCUAAGGUCGCAGAGAACGCCUACGCGAGACAUGACGGCACCCUCGCGUGUUAUUUCCUCACGGACGAGCUUCGAGAUCUCUUCUGUCGAGAGGCCGGCUUGGAAGAAGUCGAGAACAGGUACUGCCUCCGUGAGUUCACAAACAGAAAGACCGAGGUGAAGAUGCGACGCAUUUGGAUUCAAGCGAAGUUUCGACGCCCCCUCGAGCCGUAG